CAGCCAUUUUUCUUUAACUUUUGGGAAAACGCGAACCUUAACUGUGAUCGUCGGUGACGAAAACCUUGAUUCCUCUUUUCCUCAAAGCGUUAACCACGGUCCAUACCUUAUCUCCGUUGUCCACACUCUUCUUCUUAAUCUCCUUCUCAACGUUUAAGUGGACCCCACCUCCCACUCCCACCUCCGGCGCCUCCGUUUUCAGCCGCAUCGCCAACACCUCCCCGACGGACGCCGCCGCUCUCGCGUCACACCCCUUCCCCCAUUCGAACGCGCUUCUCAGUGCAUGCUCCACGCUGGACGCACUCGCCACCUCUCUCCCGUUGUUCCCUUCCACCACCUUCGCCGUCAUGUGCUUCGCCGACACGAAAACCCUUAACACAUACCUCAUCCCCAUUCCAAUCCCAACGCUUUGGGCUCCCCAAUAUAGCUUGGGCCUUCCUCACUCGGCCCAAUACAAAUCUAGAAACCCCGUUUUUAAUCCCAGACGAAUGUGGCAACAAGGAUAAUACUAAUUGGAGCAAUGGCACCAUCUACUGUUACGCUUAUUCCGCCACGAUUCACCCUCUUCACUUAUCCUAGAAACAACGCUUCUAGAAUCUUCCAUUUCCGUUCUCCUCUCACGCGUUCUAUCUCUGCGAUGACGACACAGCAAGGAUCCUCUUCUACCAAAACGGAGAGAGUGGUGAUAAAGGGGAGGGUGCAGGGAGUGUUCUACCGGAACUGGACGAUUGAAAAUGCGACGCAGUUAGGGUUAAAGGGGUGGGUGCGCAACCGGAAGGACGGGUCCGUGGAGGCUCUGUUCUCUGGGAAUGUUGAUGCGGUGCAGGAGAUGGAGCAAAGGUGUCGACGUGGCCCUCCUGAUGCGCUUGUCACGGGGCUUCAGGUUUUUCCCUCGGAUGAUGAUCCCGGCACUGGAUUUCACCGCAAGCCAACGCUUUGAUCUUCUAUCCUUCGAUCAAUUCGGUAAUUUCCCUCGUACGUACCUGUCACCGACCUUGAGGCGGUGAAUCUCUGUGCACCUAUCUUUUUCGAUGAUUUGGUGGUGUAUAAAUUGUGUAUGGAGAAGAAUAAGUAAAUUUAGCUUUUAGUCUGAUGCAAUUUUAAUACUUAGGCUCUAUUUAGUCCUUCUACAAUGCAUUUGUUCCUUAAGUUGCAAGUCUGAAGGUAUAAAAGCUUACAUUUUCUUAUAUAGUUAAUAAUAUGUGUGAUAUUCUUUUGUUUCAA